ACGGAAGGGGGGAAGGGUUGUCCGGUUCGCCGUUGCCUGGGCUGCAAGCGGACUGUGUCAGUGUCCUUUGGUGUGCAGGAAGAAGCAUGAUGAUCCGUACCGUGCUGUCUCGGACAUUUCCCAGACUGAACCGACUGUCGGUGUGUCACUACUCUGCGGCCGCCAUCCCGACACCCAGCACCCAGCCCGACGUUCACUAUAACAAGGCAGAUGUAGACAAGGCGGUGAAAGUAGCACGUGAUGCCUUUAGGUUGGGGUCACCAUGGCGACGGAUGGAUGCCUCUCAUCGUGGCCUGCUUCUUUACCGAUUGGCUGAUGCCAUUGAGAGGGAUGCUGCCUACCUUGCUGAGCUGGAAACCCUUGACAAUGGGAAGCCAUACGCUGUUUCUUACACUGUGGACCUGCCCAAUGUGGUGAAAUGCUUCAGGUACUACGCAGGCUGGGCUGACAAAUGGGAAGGAAAGACAAUCCCCAUCGAUGGAGAUUAUUUCUGCUACACCAGACAUGAACCUAUUGGAGUCUGUGGACAGAUCAUACCGUGGAACUUUCCCCUUUUGAUGCAGGCCUGGAAACUUGGCCCUGCCCUUGCAACUGGGAACACUGUGGUGAUGAAAGUUGCAGAGCAGACACCACUCACAGCACUCUAUGUAGCCAGCCUGAUUAAAGAGGUGGGUUUUCCUGAAGGUGUUGUGAAUAUCUUGCCUGGCAUGGGACCAUCAGCUGGCGCUGCUAUUGCAAGGCACAUGGAUGUUGACAAGGUGGCCUUCACUGGCUCCACAGAGGUAGGUCAUCUAAUUCAGCAGGCUUCAGGCAGCAGUAACCUGAAGAAAGUCACUCUCGAACUGGGAGGAAAGAGUCCUAAUAUCAUCCUCUCUGACGCCAACAUGGAAGAUGCAGUGGAGCAGUCCCACUUUGCUUUGUUUUUCAACCAAGGCCAGUGUUGCUGUGCUGGCUCCCGAACCUACGUCCAAGCAGACAUCUAUGAUGAGUUUGUGGAGCGGAGUGUUGAACGAGCUAAGAGACGAGUGGUGGGAAACCCUUUUGACUUAAAGACUGAGCAGGGACCUCAGGUAGAUCAGGAGCAGUUCAACAAGAUUCUUGGCUACAUCAGCAGUGGGAAGAGAGAGGGAGCCAAGCUAAUGUGUGGAGGAGGAGUGGCUGCGGACAGAGGAUACUUCAUCCAACCUACUGUAUUUGGAGAUGUCGAGGACAACAUGACUAUUGCCAGGGAGGAGAUCUUCGGUCCAGUGAUGCAGAUCUUGAAGUUUAAAACACUGGAGGAGGUAGUGACGAGAGCCAACGAUACUAAAUAUGGUCUAGCAGCCGCUGUGUUUACUAAGGACAUUGAUAAGGCCAACUAUGUCUCCAAUGGGCUCCGUGCUGGCACAAUCUGGUGUAGUACUGAUUUUGUUUGCUAUUUUUUUAUUUAGUUUUAGUCCUGUAAU